AUGUUCCAGAAGGUAAUAUCCUCUUUAUGGUCUUCACCCCAAGAACCUGUAUCCGAAGUUAAGUAUGACCCUACCAACCCCAAAAUGAACCCGUUAAAUCCCGAAGGACUCAAGUCGUGCUGCGCAUGCCCUCAAACUAAGUCAGCUAGGGAUGAUUGCUUUCUCAAAUACGGGCCUGACGCAGACGAAAACUGCCAAGAACUCGUACAGAACCAUCUAGCUUGCAUGCGUAGUUUGGGGUUCAAAUUAUGA